AUGUGGCCCAUGAGUCAAAAUAAUUGCCCACCCCUGCUUUAGACGGUAUAGGACCCAAAACAAACAUCCAAAACAACAAGGGAGUUUAUCAGGGGCAAGGUUUUAGAUACACUUUUGCUAGCGUGAAACAGAGAUGGGUUCAAACAUACAGUGAUAUCCUCUACUGUGUCUGCCAGACCCUGAUGUGAACAGCUGGGAGGAAAAGUUUUACUGUCUUGUCUGAUAUUCCAUCUUUUGAUGUGAAACCUGAAUAUUUUUAGUUUAGACAAAAACUAAAGCCAAUGCCCUUAUUGUUCCUAUGCUUCUGCAUGGAAGAGUCUACAUUUUGGCACACUUCUGCUCACUCUUUAACCAAAAAAGCCUGCUUCUGGACUUGUCCAGCACAGUUUUCCUUCUGAAUGUGCAGGCUCAGGCUUAAUUUUUUCUUCAAAACUUCAACUUAUGCCUCUAGCUUAAUUGCUUGGCUGCUACGUUUUAACUUAAUGUUGCUCUAGCCUGUUGUUUACCAGCUAAACAGUAAAAGCAGUGGUGUGCAGAACUAUGCAGCACGCACCAAAUGCUUUAGGUUUUAUCUCAUCUUUCCUCAUCAUGAACGUAGUAAUAAACCAUGACGAAAAGCUUCAAUCACAAUUUCAGGUUCCACUUAUUCCUUUUCAUUUUCUGAUCAAAAGAUUAAAAAUAACCAGCAUGUGUGCUUUUUAAAAAAAAAAAUCUCAUCAAGUCUGCAAAACAUAAAGAGAAGCACGAGAAACGAUUAAGAUGACAGAGUGUUGCCCAAAUGUGCCUCCUUUCAACGCCUGCAAGUAAUGACAAGCCUGAAAAUGGACAGAAACAACAACGGGGGGGAGAAGAAGUAACUUAAUGUGAAAAGAAAGUUUGCCAUCCUUCCCCUCCCUCCAUGCGAGCUCCCUCCUCUUGUAAGCACAUAUAAAGAGCGGCUCUCCAAGACCCUGCAGAGGUGAAGCUCACCACUACUGCAGCCCUACUGUCUGAGGAAGAACAGAAACUUUCUGCAGCAGCUUUAUCUCUCCUGGAGGAACAUGAGAGAGUGCAUCUCCAUCCAUGUGGGUCAGGCGGGUGUCCAGACGGGAAAUGCAUGCUGGGAACUGUUCUGCCUGGAGCACGGCGUUGGUCCUGAUGGAAUCUUUCUGAACGAUCCGUCCGAGCCCAACUCACGAGAAGAUCCGUUCAACACUUUCUUCAACACCGGGAGCUUUGGCCGUCACGUUCCAAGAGCCAUUUACGUCGACCUGGAGCCUUCGGUCAUUGAUGAAGUGAGGGUUGGAAAGUACAGGGAACUCUUCCACCCUGAACAGCUGAUCUCCGGAAAGGAAGAUGCAGCCAACAACUACGCCCGAGGCCACUACACCGUCGGGAAAGAAAUCAUCGAUGGAGUCAUGGAGCGGAUUCGGAAAAUGACGGAUCAGUGCACGGGUCUACAGGGAUUCCUCGUCUUCCACAGCUUUGGAGGAGGCACCGGUUCUGGUUUCACCUCUCUCCUAAUGGAGCGUCUAUCGCUAGACUAUGGCAAGAAAGCCAAGCUGGAGUUUGCUGUGUAUCCAGCUCCCCAGGUGUCCACGGCUGUGGUGGAGCCCUACAAUGCCAUCUUGACCACCCACACCACCUUGGAGCACACCGAUUGUGCUUUUAUGGUGGACAACGAGGCCAUCUACGACAUAUGUCGGCGCAACAUGGACAUCGAGCGUCCUGGCUACACCAACCUGAACAGACUGAUAGGUCAGAUUGUGUCCUCCAUCACGGCCUCUCUCCGUUUCGACGGAGCCCUAAACGUUGACCUGACGGAGUUCCAGACCAACCUGGUUCCAUUCCCUCGCAUCCACUUCCCUCUGGUUACUUAUUCGCCCAUCAUCUCUGCGGAGAAGGCGUACCACGAGCAGCUGACCGUGUCCGAGAUUACAAGUUCCUGCUUUGAACCGACCAAUCAGAUGGUCAAAUGUGAUCCUCGUCAAGGCAAGUACAUGGCCUGCUGCAUGCUCUACAGAGGGGAUGUUCUCCCCAAAGACGUGAACGCUGCCAUAGCAAGUAUCAAGACCCGCCGUUCGAUCCAGUUUGUUGACUGGUGCCCCACUGGCUUCAAGGUCGGCAUCAAUUAUCAGCCUCCAACUGCAGUCCCUGGUGGCGACCUGGCCAAAGUCCAGCGUGCUGUGUGCAUGCUGAGCAACACCACCGCCAUUGCUGAGGCCUGGUCCCGCCUCGACCACAAGUUUGACCUGAUGUACGCUAAGCGUGCGUUCGUUCAUUGGUAUGUGGGCGAGGGCAUGGAGGAGGGGGAAUUUGCAGAGGCCAGAGAGGACCUAGCCUGCCUGGAAAAGGAUUAUGAAGAGCUGGGCCGAAUGAGUUCUGACUCUGAAAAUGAUGAUGAAGAAGUCUAAUGCUGGGUUCACACUGGCCAUGUGACAGCAGUUUAGCAUAUGGUGUUCACACUGGACAAGCAGGGAGGGGCUUCUUCUUCUACUUUUUUAUAGCGAUUGUCCACCACCUACAGUUGGAGUAGGCUUGGUGCGAAAUGUGAAAGCAGUGCAAAUCUUGUAAAUCUUGCUCCAGGCUUUUUGUUUCACAGCUCUUUUCCGAUAUACGAGACCCUUGGUGUGAAAGAAAAUCGAAUUUUGAAACGGUUGGUACUUCUGUGAAUUAAAAGGGACUCCAUUUAUACAUCACUACCAAACCAGAGUCCCUGAUUGGUCUAAGUUAAGCCUGAACUCCCGAACCACAUUUACGCAUGUUUAUAUAGACUUUUUGUGGGGAGUGAAUGCCCAUUGCAGUGUACACGUAGCUUGACUUAACUUCGCUACCAGAUCCAACCAGCUUGUUUCCAGCUCAAGCACAGAAAUUGAAUAAAACAUAUCUUCUAGGUAGGCAUUUAAAUCUGAAACCUGUGAAAAUCAUUACCUAUGAUGUCACAUUACGCUAUUACCUUUUGGUUACCAUGAAAAAUGGGUAUUAUUAUUCUUAAAAUGUCAAUUUUCAUUUUACCAAAUAAAGUUUUCUUCUCCUUG